AUGGAUAAAUCUCGUCAUCGUGUUGCGAGAAUUUCCGCUACCAGCUUAGGUAUCACGAUGUCUUUGUCCCUUGGUCUGAAUGAGCACCACUACGCUCAGGUGGUAGCUUAUAUGCGCUUUGCACGUUAUAAUAAGGUGCAACAAAUGCGUACGAUAGACACUUGCUUUGAGGAUAUGAAAUGCAGCAGACUUGGAGAAGCCACUUUCACGUCUGAUGAAGUGGAGGAAAUUUUGGAUAGCUUGCAGCAAGUUGUCCAUGCUGAUGUAGAAUCCGAACUGAUCAACAUGUCUCACACAAACAUUCUGAUGCUGAGGCAGAUGUUCCAGCAGGCUGAGAGUUGGCACCUCAAGUUGCAAGCAGAUAUAUCUGAACUGGAAAAUGUAGAACUUUUAGAUAAAAUCAAAGAUUUUGAAGAGCAAGAAUUUUCUGGCAAAAAGAAAGAUUCUACUGUUAAAGUCAAACUCCUACCUAUGAAUGAAGCAGGAGGGUCUGCUUUACUUCAGAAGAAAAUCAAAGAACUAGAAGAGGAUAAUGAAAAACUCAAGCAAAGAUUAUCAAAACUAGAAAAUCAGUCUGUUGAAAUUCUUCAAGAAAAAGAACAUCUAUCGCAAAAACUUGGUAUUAUGCAGAAAUGCAUUAGCAAUGCUAAUGAUCAACAACAGAAAUCCCAAAACAAUGAAGAAUUGAAACAGUUAGAAGCACAGAUGGCAAACUUAAGGAGUGAACUGAAGCAAAGCAAGAAAGUUUCUGAUAAUUUUGAAUUGAUGGAAUCAGAUCUCUCCAGCACCAAACACGAACUUCUUAAAGUCAAUGAAAUGCUUGAAAUGGCUGAAAAGGAAUUAGAAAAGAAAGUCUCUCAAACAACUCCUUUCAAAAAUCUCAAAUUAAUGCUACAGAAAAAGAAUGAACAAAUGAAAGAACUCCGGCAAAGACUUUCUAAAUAUGAAGAAACCUGGUUCACCUACAAGAUUUUCUUCUGCUCAGACACAAAUGGUCCUCUUCAGUGGCAACAAGUUUCAUGUAAUGUGUUGGACAUUUUGCUGCAGAAGGUUUUUAUUAACCAAUUGGGACACAAUUACAGGCAUUUGAAUGUGGUGGUGUGGGGAGGUUUAAAAUGA